CCAUUUGACAUGAGCAAUGGCGUUAUACCUAAUAAAAGAAGAAUAAAUUAAAUAAGAUUCCUUAGUAGAAAAGUUUAGUAGUUGCAUUCCCAUUUACACGCAAAAUGUUUCUUUACAGCCCUGGAAUUGUGUGAAAAGAACUGUUCCCAUAUAAUUGAAUGUAAAAACCGUACCGGUGACGAAAUGGUUUGCAAAUGUGAAGCGGGAUAUACAGGUACACAUUGUGACACCAACAUAAACGACUGUACACCAGGCUCCUGUGUCCGUGGGAAAUGCAUAGAUGGCAUUAACUCGUACAGGUGCGAAUGUCCCAAAGGAUUUUGGGGAAGCCGUUGUGAACAGGCUAUCAACGAUGAAAAGGAGUGCGAGCCGAUGGAUGAGCCCGUGAAUGGAUACAAACGGUGUGUGAGUUACUCGGGAAAGCAAGGAUGUACACUGGGCUGUAAAAAUGGAAUGGCAUUUUCCAGUAGCGCUGUUAUCGAAUACGAAUGUGGACCUGAUACAAGUUGGAAGUGGAACGGAGAAGUCAUCAAGAGUCUUCCUAAAUGCCUUCCAUCGUCCUCCCCGCGGGAAAUGCGCCAACGUAUAUCUUUGCAGUUUCCAUUAACGCAGACAUGUAGAACGAAAGAGCAGUUCAUGGAGAUAGAAACAUCCUUCCGUGAAGCAUUCCUGCAAGCAAUCAGACCAGUACCGGAAUACGAAUGCUUUGAGUCUGGCUUGUGCAGUAUCGCAGAUGUAAAGGUAUCUGGUUGUGAAAGUUUUACUGGAGGUAGAAAGAAACGAGCGGUUGGCUCCGACUCCAUUACAACGAUAGAGUGUACAGUGAUCUUCAGGACGUCUAAGAGAAAUGGAUCGGCACCAAAUGCAGCUGAAAAGGCAGGCUCGGUGGCCUUUCAACUACAGUACGUAGUUUCCAUGGGGCAGUUCACCAUGAACAUCAGUGAAAACGUGUUAGUAGCAAGGCAAGGAUCGCUGCAGCAUUUGUCUUCCGAGUUCACUUGUGGUUUGGGCUAUUUUAUUGACAUUGGGAAUAGCUCGUGUGUUGGAUGUCCCCCCGGGUUCUUCUUGGACACAUCAACCAAACACUGUCGUGAGUGUGAUAUUGGUAGUUAUCAGGACACAGAAGGUCAGGUCAGGUGCCAAUCCUGCCCAUCCGGAUACACAACUAAAAGCAAGAACUCUGAUAGUGUAGAUGACUGCUAUCGUGUUAAAGCGGUCGGCGACGAAGAAGAAACCUCCAAGAAAACCAUGCAAAUAAUUAUUGCGCUGUCUGUUGUUGGGGUUAUAUUAAUCGUAGCCAUUUUCGGCGUGUGCUACUGCGUAAUGUCUCGUCAAAAGAAAGGCAAAACUGAUGAACUUACAAGGCGACGAAGUCGUGUCAAUAACAUAUAUGUCGACUACCCUGGAAGCAAUCAGGGAUUUGUCAGCAGUAAUUUGAAGCUGGAGAAUAUUGGUAAGCCAAGCCCGAACGUGGAGAUGAACUAGUGAAAUGAAGUUCUUCUUGACCAUUCUACUGAUGUGGUUUUGGAAGAACUAGCAGAAGCUCCUUAUAGCGUUGCAGAGGUUACUCUGUCCUGCACUAUUGCACUGUUGUAAAUCAGUUAAAUGUCGAUAUAUUUUGCUGCUUGUACCAAAAUACUAAUUUUGUUGAUUAUUUUUUUCUAUACACGUGCACUAUCACACAAUGGCCAUGUCCUUCUAUUAGAAGCGCCUGCAGGGAAUCAUGGUAGCUGUAUUCAUCAAAACAAAUAUCCAGUUCAAGUUGAUGAAGACAACUACCAUGAUUCCAUGCAGGCUUCUUUCUUAAAGGGAAUUGGCCAUAAUGCAUCAACUAAAAGUAAUCAUGCGUUUUGGAGGUUUAAACCAUACUCAGGCGCGGCCUGGAGAUACACAAUUACAAUUUGUAGCGUACUAUGGUACGUUCUACCCCUACAAAACCUGUCAGCGAUAUACACUUGUAGGCAAGCAAAAAGAACUAUAGGAAAAAUGCAUUUUUCAAGCAAGCAAAACUACAUGUGGUAAGCAGUCUGUGAAUUGUCUUUUCUGGCGAAAUAAAGUUUUGGAAAGCAAUCAUUUUUGAGGCAUGUGCAAGCCAAAUCAACACAUAAGGUAGAGGAAAUUUGACGAGAGCUGCAACCUAAUGCACAGUUUAUGUAAAUGAGUCAGGCUUGCAAUCAAGAGCUGGGCGUGUACAUGUUUCAAUUAAGCACUUUGAGACUUAUAGACACUCUCACAGUGCUCUCGCAGUUUAGUGCUGUUACGAGACUUUUCGUAGUUUCUUAGUUGAGUCGAGUCACCUCGAUAAGUUUGCUUUUGCCUAGUCAAGUUUAUUAUGUAAUGCAACAUAAAAUUUUACUUAGCAAACAUAUUGUUAUGGCACUCAACUGUAACACUGUAUUAAAAGGAUGUAAAAACGUUGGAAAGGAAAGCUGUACUAAGUUCAAUUAAAUAUCCAGUUGAAGCCAGUUAGCAUCUUCCAGGGUCAAUUUCUAACUGCUGCUUCGUAGAAUAAUUCUAUACGUAUAGCGUUUCAAUUUGUUUUCAUGCGGUCAAUAUUAGAACGUCGAGAGUUUUUAAUUUCUCAAAGAAGGUGUUUUCUUAUAUUUUUGCAUUCAGUGAUUUAUAUACUUAAUAGUGAGAUUUAACGCAGCGCACGCUUGCACAAAUUGUAUUACACUGUCUUGAAGAAUAAAUUGUUGUUGGAGCUAACUUCAA